CCUCGAUCGGAAAGCAGCUUUGACAGGUGAUGAUAGCAUUUCCCCCGUACCUCGAGCUGCAGGAAAGUUGCAGAGCUGGUAAUCAGCUCUUUUCGAACGAAGGAUGUCCAAUGCACAUGGCUGCAUGGACGAGGGCGCCGAGAUCGGUUCAUUACCAGAGUCAUACUCGUCUCGAUCUGGUCGAGCCGCCGGAUGCCCCGGAUCGCCCGAGGACUUGCGCGCCGCCGCCUCCGAGGAGUCAGCGCCCGAGGACCCGCACGCUGGGGACGCUGCGGAGGGCCAGCUCGAGGCCACCGAGCUUGUGCUCGACCCGAGCGCCAGGCCCCGCCGGUCUAUGCGGCUCGCGGGCGGCCUGGUCGUCAAGCAGGCCGACCCCGAGGAGGCCCACGGGCCGCCGGCGCACGAGCCGCCGGCGGCAGCCGCGGCGGGCGCCCGGCCCCGCCAGCCGCGGUCGCUGCGGCCCGCGGGCGACGCGCCGGGCAGGCAGGGCGAGCCGGCGGAGGCCGGCGAGACCGCCGCCGCCGUCAGGGAGCACCUCCUGCACGGCGCGCCCCCGCAGCGGGCCCGUCGGUGCUCCAUCACGGAGCUGCUCGCCGCAGCCCCGCUCACGCAGAGGUCCAGCCGGCGCUCGGCCGCGGAGCCCCUCGCGGAGGGCCCGCUCACGCAGAGGGCGUGCCGGCGCUCGGUCACGGAGCGUGUCGCGGAGGCCCCGCUCUCGCAGAGGUCGGACCAGCGCUCGGCCACGGAGCCCGUGGCGGAUGGCUCGCGCUGGCGUUCGGGCCCGCGGAGCUCGGCGCUCGCCUUUGCGGGCGGUGUUGUGCUGCAGACCGCUGGGCCCGGCAGGCCGACGCUGCCGGCGGUCCACCCGCCCAAGACGCCAAGGCUCGGCGCCUUGGACAGGCUCCCGUCGGUGCUGGCCGCGGUGUGACGGGAGCGCGAGGAGGAGGAGGAGGAGGA